AUGGCACAUGGCACCGAAUACUGUGAAGCAAAGCCUUCAAUUCGAAGGCCAACUACAUAUUAUCUGGGUCAUACGAGCACUUCAAGGCUUUGCUAUAUUGCCGGUCCUCAACUACCGUCUCCAGCAAGCACCCGUCAUCUAGAUCAGAACCUUGGAGUAUCCAGUAAAGAUUUGCUCAAGCACGGCUCCAACUAUACCUCACACCGCUGCAUUCCUGGUUACGGGAGCUCUAAUACUCUACCACCAACUUCCAUACCUCCCAUAAACAAUUACCAUUGCCAUAACUCCCUUCAGACUACAAACCUGCAAGAGGCUCCGUAUUCGAUUGAAGUCUCCAUCCGCCUCCGCCACGCCAUCCUCGCCGGCGACCUCCUCCUAACCAAACGCAUCCUCAAAAACCACUCCAACGCACUCUACAACCCCGACCACGCCGGCAACACCUCGCUCCACCUCGCCGCCGAAAAGGGCCAUCUCAGCAUCGUCCAGCACCUCGUCACCGAGUCCCACCACGAGGACGCCGGGAUCUCAAAGAAUGCGGCCAGCGACACGCCGCUGAUGCUGGCGGCUGGCGGCGGCCAUGAGCAAAUUGUUGUGUUCCUGGCGGGCGCCUUUGAGCGCUGUAUUGACUGGCGGAACAAGGCGGGGCUGACGGCGAUGAUGCAUGCGGCACAGAAAGGGUGGGACGAGGUUGUCAAUACAUUGAUAGACUUGGGCGCAGAUAUAGACAUGACCGAUGCGCUGGAGAACUUCAAGUUCGCCUUCGCCUACGGGCACCACAACACCAUCAGCACGCUCGUGGACCGGGGCGCAACAACGGAUAAGCGCAACCGCCAGGGCUUCAUCCCGCUGGACUAUUCGUACAACAUCCAGGUCGAGCAGUACUUUGAGAACGUCGUACCCGACAAGCGGUAUGUGGCCGAACGGGAGACAACGCGCAGUAGAGCUGCGACGCCGAUCUUCGGGAGGAGUGAGAGGACUACGACGCCGCAGAGGCAGAGGGCUAGUAGUGGCUCUUGA